UGCGUGUGUGUGUGUGUGUGUGUGCGUGCACCGGGGGGUGGGGGGUGGACAGAAAAUAAAUUGACAGUUUCCACUCAGUCAUUGGACAGUUGUCAACAUCAGGACUGAGAUCAACAGCAUCAUGAAGGUUUAUCUGCUUCUGCUUCUGCUCGUACCACUAAUAACAGUACAAGGUUUUAGCAUAGAGUGUCACGGCUUUGACGACUACAUGACCAACCUCAAGCUAACGUGUCAAAGCAGCAACACGCAACAGGCCUGCUACACCAGAGACAAUGGAGAGAAGGGAUGCAUUACCAUCGACAAGUGUUCUCUACCCGGCUGGACCUGUUGCUACAGCAACUUGUGCAAUAACUGAACAAUUGUGGCCAACCACGAUGCAGAAAUGCACUCAAUAAAAAAGUGUCACUGUGA